GCCAGUGUGAAUUCAGUUGUUGGAGUUAAAACAAUGUUCCUCAAUACUUAAUAAAAUGGACACCAAUACGAUAAUAAUCGUAAGUGUAUUCGGAGGUGCGUGGAUCGUUCUCCUGUUGGUGUGUAUAGUACUGUGCACGCAGGUGGCCAGCCUCCGGCGCAAGAUACAGGAUUUGAAUCACACAGGACGACUUAGAGUUCAGAAACUUAAAAUGAGUCCUGAGGGAAACCACGCGUUCAACAACCCCAGCCUUGUGCCCGAUGAGGAAUUAUCUCGCCGUGGCUACUCUAUGUACCAGCCCUCGGAGGAGGACGUUGAGAGUGGUAGAGGUACUGAGCGGCAGACGGGUGGGGAGUUCGUAGAGGAGCUGACUCGUAAAAUUGACGACAGACAGUACAGACAGAGUCAGACUAAUGGCCAGGCUCCACCCUUCUUACUGCAGAGCAUAGAAGAUAACAAAAGGAAGAGCAGGCAACUGGCUAACCCGACUACAAAUAAUGGACGCCAGAGCGACACUAAUCCAAACUUUAUAUUUUAAUUUCUUUCAGCAAUAAAAUAUAUUCAUAGUAUUUGUAACAUACAUGUAACAUUACGAAAAGAAAAGGUGAUAUUGUCAAGGAUUCAAACAUUGAGGACGCAAAUUAUGUUUAUUUCCGCGACAAUAUUAAACCAAAAUCAAAAAUAUUUAAUACUUUGAUACUGACAUCAUGGCUAGCUUGAGUAAAAAUGCAGUAAUUUUCGUUUCUUUUCAAAUAUUCGAAAAGGAAUUUGAAAAUUAAUUUUAUUAACUAAUCUAUAAAUAAAAUUAAGUAGC